AUGCUAUCCUCGAGGACAAGGCUGUGCAGCACUUGUCGUCAUGACCUGGUAUCCCUCUUCGAACGAGGCUUCUGCGGCCCUGCCAUACCACGUGUCGCCUUCGGAAACCGUCGUAGACCACCGAGACUGCAAAGGCAAACGAGGUGGCUAAGCAAUUCGACCAGAUUCUACGAAAACGAGAGGGAUUCUGAAUCACCGUCGCAAGAUGUGCACACUCAGCAUGAGGACCAGUCGGUUUUGACGGAGGAAGAAUUGAGCGCUCGGUUCGAAGCCCUGCAGCGAUUGGAAGAGUUUGAUGAUGAAGACUCUGUCCUCCAUGAAAGCGAUGAAGACCAGACGAACCAUAAAGAAGUUCCGGUUGUUCCAGAAUCGAGUCCCGUCAACGUACACCCUGGCGCUGAAUUCGAUGCGCUCCGUGAACAAGUCAACGAUUACAGAGCAGCCGGCUUCGAUGCCACCUUCAUCGCCCGCGAAGCCCGACAAAUCUUCGGAGACUACCUUCCAGAGGAUGUAUUACAUGAACAGGAGCUACAAAUUUACACAAGACUAUAUGGAGAGCCGCUACCUCCUGCUCCUAAGAGAGAAGAAGACGCCAACCCAGUUCUUUUAGAUGAAGAAGGUGGCCAGGUCUCUUACACUCUUGAUCGUCCCACGCGUGAGUCGGAUCUUGAAACGCAAGAGUUGGGUCUCGUGGACGGCGGUCAAGUUGAUGUAGAAGCAAUCGAUGAACUGGACGAGGACGAAGGUUUUAUAGCCGAUCCGGAAUUUGAAGACCCUUUCGCUGAGGAACCUGCGCACGAACGGCAGCAUCCGAUGACUGCCUUGGGAAAAUUCGAGACUUCUCCACGAACUCUUUCCAUGCCAUACGAGCAAUACACGCGACCUUUGACCAACGUCAUGGCUUCGUUCAACAACAAGCAGCUAAAAGACGUUUGUGAGAGAACAUUCGGUGGUCCUGGCUUGCCUGAUUCACCAUUGACUCCACGAAGCGGCAGAGGACGUCAGCAGGUGGCUGUGCAGCUUGAGGCUGCCCAACAUUUCAUGGGCGAGAUGGAAGCCACGGCUUUCAUGACCACUGUUAUGCCGCCGGCGUUUGCCGCCAUCUCCUCUACGUUGGUUGACGCUCGGAAGCGUCUUGGAGCUACUUGGCUGACUGGCUUGUUAGCCAAGGAGGGAGGACCGAAGGUUCUGGACGCUGGCGCUGGCGGUGCUGGUAUACUGGCUUGGAACGAGAUUGUUCGAGCACAUUGGAACUCGCUACACAGCUCUGCCCAAGACGCUAAUCCACCACCUCCUACCAAAGCCGUGGUUUUGACAGGCUCAAAUCCUCUUCGUCAUCGUGCUGCCCAGCUUCUUGACAACACCACCUUCGUACCUCGCCUUCCAGACUACGUUCACACCCGUGAAAAACAAACAAUCGACGACGAUCGUCCAGCACAACAACGAAAGCAGUUCGAUGUUAUCAUCUCCAGCUACUCUUUGCUUCCUCUCAAAGAAGAUUGGGAGAAAAAGCAAUACGUCCAAAAUCUGUGGGCUCUCCUCUCCUCCGAGGGCGGUGUGCUCAUCAUGGUUGAGAAGGGUAUACCGCGUGGCUUUGAAGCCAUCGCUGGCGCCCGGGAUCUCCUUCUGGAGCGCUACAUCGCCACACCGCCAGGUCAAGACACGCAUUAUACCGCCCUACACAAGGAGGCCGCCUCAGAAGGCAAUCUCUGGCAACCCGAAACGGGUAUGAUCAUUGGGCCGUGCAGUAACCAUGAGCGGUGCCCAAUGUAUAAAAUUCCCGGCGUCUCCAUCGGCCGCAAAGACAUCUGCUCCUUCCAGCAACGUUAUAUACGCCCAGGAUACUUACAACGUAUCCUUGGCGCUACGACUCGCAAUCACGACGAUGUUAAUUUCUCGUAUGUCUCCGUCGUCAAAGGCCGUGACCUUCGCCAAUCAUCGUUCGAGCAAUGGUCGCACAUUGCAAACCCGCUAUCAGCACCGGCCUCAGAAGACACCUUCCCCUCCACGUCCACCACACAUCGGGAUUCAAAUUCCGAAUCAUGGCUCAAAGCUUGUCAAUCUGGUUGGGCCGAGAAGAGCCCGAAGGACGAAGAGGCUUCGCCCCAUCCACCCACACACACGCUUCCUCGCCUUGUUUUCCCGCCAAUCAAACGGCGUGGGCAUGCAAUCCUGGACGUUUGCACUCCCAUGGGAACCAUCGAACGUUGGACUGUUCCUCGAUCCUUUGGCAAGCAAGCCUACCGCGACGCACGCAAAGCCAAAUGGGGUGAUCUAUGGGCACUAGGCGCCAAAACGCGCAUAUCGCGUAGUAUCCGUCAAGGCAGUGGGAAGGACAAGAUGGCAGGCAUCUUGAGCGGUAAACUAAAGGGACGUGGCAAAGAGGAGCGGAUUCAGAACGCUGCGAUACGCAUGCGCGAGCGUGCAGAACAAGAGCAGGACGAGGAUCACGAAGAGGAGAUGCGCAUCACCGAAGAGAUCGAAGCAAGAGCCGCCGAAGAAGACUUCGAAGACGAUUUCACCGGCGGCCGCCGCAAACCUCAAGCCGGCAGCAAACGCUUUGAGGCGCGGCAAGACGCCGAAGAAGAAGCCGAAAUGGACGAGCUCGACUGGGAGAUCGAGCAGAAGCUGCAGGAGUGGGAGGCCGAGCUGUCGGACACGCGACCAACGGAUCGUCACGGGCGCGUCAUCAAGGGCGGCAGGAAGGCCAGGGGCAUGCGGCCUCAGGGCAUGGCUGAGCGUGUAAUGUGGCAGCCUGCGGGGAGCGCAUCCAGGGUCGAGGAGGAGGCUAAGCGGGGGUGA